AUGCCACCAAGAGCAAAACAUUUGCAGCCUCUUGAAGACUUGAGGAAAGCAAAGGUUCAUCUAUAUUAUCAUGAAGAAGCAUGGAUGAAUCUUCAAGAAGCUAAAACAUCAAUUCCGACUUUGAAAGGUGAAGAAAAAAUUAAACAAGGAGAAGAAAGAGAAAUUCUUCGUCUUCCUAAACUUCACUGUAGUCUCAAUCCAAUUGGAUUAUCAGGAAAUAAUCUCAAACAAUUUGUUCAUGAUCAAAACACAACAUUUCGUCAGAAUGAUGUAAAACAAUUGAUUAAACAGUUCAUAGUGGCAAUGGGCAACAAACGUGCAAGUUCAUACUUUCAUCAUAUUCGUGAAAUAGAACAAACAUUUAAUAUCAUAGACGCCAUUAUGGAAGAAGAAAUUAAAUCAGAUAUACAACCUGAUAUUGAAGAAAGAGACUCUGGUGAUGAUCAGGAUAAUGUAGAAUAG